GAACAUCUAAUAAAAUCAAGAAUGAUCGUUGCCUUGAUGUUUUUAAACUUACGAGGAGACUUGAUUUCCUCACAUCUUUUUCGAACAGAUUAUAGCGUUCGAUAUCUCGCCGACACCUUUCGCAGGAGCCUUGUUUGUACAAAAAAAUCUGAUCGAUGCCCUGUCAACAUUAUUGACAACCUCUGCUAUAUUCAUUUAACGCUGAGCGAGAUAUUUAUCGUUAUGGUUGCAAAUGGAAAUGAUGAUUGCUUUUUGUGCAUGCAAUAUAUGAUUCGUUUGCUCCAAACUAUUCAAGCAUACUAUGAAUCGAUUAAUGAGUCAGUUAUCAAAGAAAAUUUUGCAGUUAUUCAAGAAAUUAUUAACGAGAGCUUGGAUUUUGGAUACCCUUUUCUCACAGAGAAGGCAUGCCUCAUACAGGUUAUUUCAGAGUCAGGUAUCAAGGAAGAUAUCUUAAAAAAUCAGGGAGAGUCGGAGCGCAUUACAAGUAAGAUCACCGGGGCAGUUCCCUGGAGGGAGGAAGGAUUGAUUUUCCAGAAUAAUGAAGUUUUUUUAAACGUCUUUGAGGAGAUCAAUUUGUUACUGUCCCCCACCGGUGAUGUUCUUCAAAGUGAUGUGAUGGGAAAAGUAGUAAUGAACAGCUUCCUUUCAGGGAUGCCAAACUGCGAAUUAACUUUAAACGCGCGUAUAGAUAGUGACUCAUUGGAAAGAAAGUCUGAGGAGAAUCAGGUAACGUUGAGUGAUGUGUCCUUCCACACUUGUGUUCGUUUUGACAUGUUUAGUGCGAAGCAGUGCCUUCGCUUUGUACCACCAGAUGGUAAAUUUACCUUGAUUCAAUACCGCUCUAGUGAAGAUUUUAGUCCCCCCUUGAGAAUAGUCUCAGCACGGAUGGAGGAGGUUUCCAAAACACGCAUAGAGGUUCAAUUUUGCCUGAAAUCCGAUUCAUACCAUAAUCUGAAGGUCAGCAAUGUCGAGGUGAUAGUUCCUUGUCCUGAAGACACAGUCACAGUUAGCAUGCAGGUGCCAAAAGGAAGGGUCAAGUUUCAGGUGACGGAUAGAGCCAUUGUGUGGAGGCUGCCUUCUCUAGGUAGUGGGGAGGAAAUACCAUUUCACGGUGAGAUGAAGCGGCUUGCAUCAACUGUAGAAAAUACCCAAGCGUUGCUAUCAAAACCUCCCAUUAACAUUAGUUUCGAGUGUGCUUCGCGCUCCAUUUCUGGAUUAAAGGUGAUAGGGCUUAAAGUUGAGGAGCCGAUGUUGAUGUAUGGCUCGAACAAGUGGGUUCGCUACACAAGCAAAGCGGGCAAGUAUCAGUGCUAUAUUUAA